GAUUAACUUUGUAGUAACUAUUAUAAAUUUAAUUUAAAUAAAAGGUAUUUGAAAAUGAAUUCAUUAUAUUUAAAUUAAACGCCGACGAGUCUCAUAAAAUGCCUCUUUUUUAAUUGGAAAGUCCAAAAAUUCACGCUGCUUUCGUGAGGCCAAUCAGCUACUGUUAACAUAUGCUAAUCAAAAGAAUAGUUGGAUGACUCGCGAACUAUAUAAACAGUGGAUUACUACAGUAUUUUUACCAUCGGUACGAAAAUUUCAGAAUGAAAGAGGAGUUAAAAAGAAGGUGUUGCUAGUUGUAGAUAACGCUAGAUGUCAUUUAUCGAAAGAAGAAACAGAAUUAAUCGAUGACAUGAUUAUCGUACAAAAUCUUCCACUAAAUGUUACAUCGUUAAUUCAACCAAUGGACCAGGGAGUUAUGCAAAAAAUGAAGCAGCUUUAUAAAAAAAGCCUUUUAAGAGAAAUGCUCCUAGUAGAAGACAAACUAUGCGUUCUUAAAUUUCUUAAGGAAAGGAAUAUUUUGCAUUGUUGUAUUCAAAUUUCUCAAGCCUGGUCAGAAUUAACAUCAACAAAUAUAUGUCGAGCAUGGAGGAAACUGAUUCCUGCUUGCGAUAUUGACCUUGAAAAUAAAAAAGAUAUGAGUGAAGAUGACAUUCUUCAAAUCCUUUACAGACUUCCUGGGUUUCAGAAUAUUACAGUCGAUCAAGUAUCAUCGUGGCUUGAAGUUGAUAGCAUGAUAGCUCAGAACCUGGUUGUAAUGUUUUAAACAUUAAUCAAGUUAUUCAAAGGUUCCUAUGUCAUGAGAUUGUCGAGGAAAAUGACGAAGACGUAACUGACGAUGAAGAAAAUAACUCCGAAAAUAAUACAGUUGAUGUUGAAAAUGUUCAAGAAAGAGGCACAGGCAAUAUAGUUGAUGGGGCCAAAGCUGCAUAUGAUGGUCUCAAAUUAUUUCGUAAAUGGUAUCAACAAUGCUGGGAGUGUGACGGAAAUGAUGUAAUGCAGCUUCAAAAAUUUAGUGAAACAACAAAAGAUCAUUUGUCAAAUUUAAAAAACAUGUUCCCUCAAAAAUAAUUUUCCAAUACUUUUUAAACGAU